AUGACUACUACUGGUAGUGAAGAACAGGUCAUUUUAGUGGCCCUUGGUGGUGCGUCAUCUUCUGGUAAAACUACUGUUGCAAAAGCACUCAAGCUAUUAAUUCCUAGCUCUGUUCUAAUACAUUUGGAUGACUUUUACUUUACAGAUUCCAAUAUCCCCAUUGAUCCAGAGACCGGAUAUCAAAAUUGGGAUUGCCCGGAAGCCAUAGACUUUGAUAGAUUUAGAGAAUGUCUUCAGAAUAUAAGAAAGGGUGUAUUUACAAGUAUCAAUUCAAUAGAGCCAAGUGAAGCAGAUUUGAAGUUACUGAAGCAAGAAGAAACUCAUUUUGCAAAAGAGAUUGAAGAUAAGAGUCACAAGUUUGGCAAAAAGAGAAUAGUUUUUGUGGAUGGGUUUAUGUUAUUCCAUGAUCCCAGUAUUAUUAAGUUAUUUGAUAUAAAAUUGUUCUUUCAUGCGCCUUUCGAUACUUUGAAGUCCAGAAGAGAAGCCAGAAAAGGUUAUACUACUGCAGAGGGAUUUUGGGUUGAUCCUCCUAAUUACUUUUCGAAAAUUGUGUGGCCAGCGUAUGUCAAGAGUCACGCAUAUUUGUAUCAGGGGGAGAAGGUAGACAGCAAUGAAUUGGAACAGUCAAUUGUUGAAAAGUAUGAUCUAGUUGAUGUGGAUAAUAAUGACAGCACUAGUCUUUAUGCACUAGUAGAGACGUCAUUAUCAUCAAUUAUUAAUCACUUAUAG